GUGCACAUCUCUCUUAGCUUUGAAUUUCUGUUUUAUCGAGUUGAUAAUGGAUCAGAGAGACAAGUACAAAGUUCAGAUAUAUAAUAGAUCUAAUUGUAACUUCCAUCUUUCACCCGAUAUUAUGUAUUCCGUGCUCGUGUUACAGAUACGAGACACUCCUCGGCCUAGUUGCAGAAGCAGAUCUUAUAUUUGAAUGCGCUGACACUGAUCGUUACUACACGUUAUGACCUCAUGCAGUAUCGUAAGGGCAUUCGCGAUUCAGGCUUUCAAUGGGGAUACCUUACCGCCGAAAAUCUCGGAAAAGCUCGAUGAUUAUUGGAAAGCCUACAAGACGCAGUUUAAUAAGAUAUACGCAAAAAAUCUGGAAAACGCCAGAAGAAUGGCUUGGGAGCAGAAUCUCGUGGAAAUUUAUAAGCACAAUCUAUUGGCCGCCGCAGGGCAUCAUAGUUAUACACUGCGGGAUAAUCAUAUUGCCGAUCUCAGUACUCGACAAUACAUGCGCGAAAUGGUGAAACUGAUACCAAGUCGAAGACGUCGACUGCCAACCGAACCGAUAGUAUCGGGAGCACAGAGGGAUUCUCACAAUAUACCAACAAGUUUGGAUUGGCGUAAAUACGGUUUCGUCACUUCACCGGUGAAUCAACGAAGCUGCGGGAGUUGUUACGCUUACUCGAUCGCGGAAAGUAUAGAAGGACAGAUUUUUAAACAAACCGGCAUGCUACUACCUGUGAGCGCACAACAGUUGGUAGAUUGCAGCACGAUAACUGGAAACCUCGGAUGCACCGGCGGUUCCCUCAGGAACACUUUAAAAUAUUUGGAAAAGUCUAAAGGUCUCAUGGCUAGAUCCACGUAUCCCUACGACGCCGAGCAAGGGGAAUGCAGAUUUGAGAAGGACCAGAGUGUUGUCAAUAUAACUUCAUGGGCAAUUCUACCGGCACGGGACGAAAAAGCUCUGCAAAUAGCAGUGGCUACAAUCGGUCCCGUAGCCGCCUCCAUAAAUGCCAGCCCGAAGACAUUUCAACUUUAUCACAAAGGCGUUUACGAUGAUCAUCGAUGCAGUUCGGAUAUGGUGAACCAUGCGAUGCUCAUCGUCGGAUAUACGCCAACCGAAUGGAUCCUGAAGAACUGGUGGGGCGAUAGUUGGGGUGAAAACGGCUACAUGCGACUGGCGAGAAACAAGAAUCGUUGCGGCAUAGCGAACUACGCUGCUUAUGUGAAAGUUUGAGAACCAUUUCUCUCAAAUUUGAGCGAAAAUUUGCGUAUCUUAGAAAAAUAUAUACAUUAAUUUUUAAUAUUCGACACGAAACAAAUUGCGAUAAAAAUGCAAUAGACAAUUGUUUAUGGCGCUUAUUCAUCGUAAUAACUCAAUACAGCCUAUUUAAGGUACAACUCAGACAACACGCAAUGUCUAGAAGAUAUUUUUACCUUUUCAAUAUCUUUUAGACAUGUAUGCCGCAAAAAAUAUCUUUAUGA